AUGAGUGCGACCAGAGCUUUACCCAAGAUAACAAGAGUACAUGAAAAGCGGAAAAUGGUCAACCAGUUUCGUUCAUUGGCCAGUUGGUCGCGCGCAACGCUUACUUUGUUUGGUAAAAGAAUUGAGGCAUCGUACCAAGGUUCCCAAAGUGAUUGUCUAAAUUCCUGGGUGGAGGAACAUUCAGUAGGAUUGUCAAACGGCAUAACAGAAUGUCAAUCGCAUUAUCUUAUGACGACACUUUCGAUGGAUAGUGUCCAAGACGAAUCCCAAACGACGUUGACAAGUAACGAACCUACAAUCGAAGCAACCAAUGAAUCGAGCGAGAUUCCUACAGAUCACCAACCGAGCACGAUUGAAAACAAUACACACGAUAUGACAUUUACGCUAGGUGCUGAUGGACAAGUAGACAUUGAAAUGAAUGUCAAAAAACCUCCCACAACUGCUGCACCAGGCCCAUGUGAGCAAUGUCAUGAUCAGACGUGGAAAUAUAAAUGCCCACGGUGUGAUAUGCGGACCUGCUCUCUUGCGUGUGUAAAACAGCACAAAGCAGAAAAAGAAUGCUCAGGAGAGAGAAGCAAGACUCACUUUGUUCCCAUGAAGCAGUACACAGAAAGAGAUAUGAUGAGUGAUUAUGUUUAUUUGGAAGAUACCAGUAGAAAAUCGGAUACCCUUACCCGUGAAAGACUCAGAGCAUUUCCAGAAAACAACGGAGGAAAGCAUAUAGAUUCACGGAUAAAACACCUUGUUCGACAAGCACGUCAGUUGGGUAUCAAUUUCGAUGUCCUUCCAACUGGCAUGUCUAGGGCCAAAAGUAAUACAUCAAACUAUAGCUCAAAUAAAAAACAGAUAUACUGGUCAAUUGAAUGUAUUUUUUGUCACAAAGAUCGGCGCGAGCGUAUACUGGAUCAUUCAAUUCCUUCUGGUAUGCCGCUGAGAUCAUUUUUUGAGAACAUGCUCUUCUCCGAAAGACCCAUCGGAAAGACACCUUACAGUCUGUUCCGUCACCAAGUCCAAGAUUUUGUCGAUGCAGGAAUGGGACGGUAUGUCAUCGGCUUGAAGAAAGAAGGUCUCCCAAAAAAGUCAUUUGUGAACAUUACUUCCUAUCUGGAUAAGCCCAUAAACGAGUCUCUUCGUGGUGAGAGGAUCAUUGAAUUCCCCACAUUAUAUAUAUGGCUCGAAGGAAAUGUCGAACCAGAAAUUGAGCUGCUAGACAAAGAAGAGUAUACUCCCAAAAUAGCAGACAAGCCAAAGGGAAACCGUAAUGGUGAAAAACCUGCGGAAGAGGUCGCUAUUCAAAUGCCUAUGGAGGCAUCUACAGAAGAACCACCAAAGUCAAAAACGCAAGAUAUUUGA